GGAGAGGAUUCGGGGAGGCCGCUGACGCGUGGGCGGGGAAGCAGCGGCGUCCGGCCCGAGCUCAGAGGCCUCGUUGGCGGGCUCGCCUCCUCCUCCCCCCCCCGCCCCGCCAUGCCGAACCGCAAGGGCGCGCGCAACGCCUAUUACUUCUUCGUGCGCGAGAAGCUGCCCGAGCUACAGCGGCGCGGCCUGCCCGUGGCCCGCGUGCCCGACGCCAUCCCGCUCUGCUCGUGGGACUGGGCGUUGUUGACUCAGGAUGAAAAGGAGAAAUAUGCAGAGAUGGCUCGUAAAUGGAGAGCAGAGAACUCCACCCAGGCAUCAGUGAAACAGAUUUCUCCGGUUCCUGCACCACUGCCCAUGCAGAUACAGAGAAGCGCUUCUGUUUCAGAUGCCACCAGUCUUUCUUGGAAGAAUGAUCAGGCUGUGCUUGGGAACAUCUUCUACUUCCUGAACAUUUACAGUCAUGGUGAGCUGCCCUCUCCCUGUGAGCAGCGCUUCCUCCCUUGUGAGAUUGGCUGUGUCAAAUAUUCACUACAAGAUGGCAUAACAGCAGACUACCACCGCUUUGUAGAUCCUGGAGUGGUGCCACGUGGCUUUCGGUUUCAUUGUCAAGCAGCAAGUGAUGCCACUCACAAGAUCCCCAUCUCUGGUUUUGAGCUCUCAAAUGCUGGUCACCCUGUUGUGUUACGUGAACUUUACACGUUUGUUCAGCCAAACUGCGGCAGAUGGCCACCUGUGUACUGCAAGUCUGAUGAUUGGUACAGAGUCAACUGGUGUCUGAAAUGGAUGGCUAAGGAAGCAGGCACUGAGAACCAGCUGGAGCUUCUCAGUGUGGAAAACCUGGUGGUGGAACUGUACCAGCGGAAACUUGGAAAGGAGCCUUCCAAGACCUGGGUGCGCAACCUGCUGGAUGUCUUCAUGUGGGAUUACUGCAGUAACACUAGGUGCAAGUGGCAUGAAGAGAAUGAUAUCCUGUUCUGCGCUUUAGCAUCCUGCAAGAAAACUGCUUAUUGCAUCAGUAACACUCUUGCAGGCGUGUAUGGAGUCUCGCUCACAACAGCUCACCUACCUCUGCAAGACUAUGAGUCCAGCAACAACAUAAAUCCCAAGAUGGUGGUACUGGAUGCUGGACGUUUCCAGAAGCUGAGGGCUCAGAAUCCUGGUUGUAAUCGAUACUUCAGUUCUCCAGUUCAGAAACAAGGUGCUGCCUCUUCUGCUGGUGAACAUCCCUCUGGAGUGACGUCGCCAUAUAGAACAAGCACCAUGCGAGGAAGAGGAAUCACUCGCUUGCUGGAGAGUGUCUCCAGACUUUCCAAGUCCUCCAGCAACUGAAAGCCCACCCGGCCUCCUAACCUUACCAGGAGAACUGCACAUCCUGCUCUUCCCUAUUCCCAUGGUAGUCUGGGACUUCACCAGAUUGCCGUUGCUUUGUCUGACCCUGUAUGCAAAACCCUAAAAUACAUUCCCCUUCCCUUGACCCAGUGUAACGGUUCCCCUAGAAUAAUGACAGACCCAUUGACUGGAGGGAAUUUUUCUUUCAAUUAGAAGAAAAUCCUGGUUUUAUCUAUAGAACUACUUAUUUUGAAGGGAACUGGCAACUUCUUGCUCUCUUGACUAAAUGCAGUCUUUUGGCUUUUCUUUUGUUAGGUAAUGGGAGGAGAAGUGCAAGAAAGAGAGGGUGAUGGUCAGUAACUGCAUGUUAAACAUUCUUCUGGUGGUUAAUGUAGCAUUAAACAUGUUGUUUGAAUCAUUUAGUUCUUUAAUCUCCCUCUCUCCGUGGUUUCUUUCCGACCUCCACCCCUCUGUUAGAUGUUGGCAGACAGUCGUCUCCACAUAUAGCCAUAUAACAGGGCUCGGCAACCUUUGGCCUGCAGCCUGCCAGGGUAAGCCCCCUGGCAGGUCGGGUCAGUUUGUUUACCUGCCACGUCCACAGGUUUCGCCGUUCACUGCUCCAGGCCAAUGGGGCUGCGGGAAGUGGCGGCCAGCACGUCCCUCGGCCCGUGCUGCUUUCCACAGCCCCCAUUGGCCUGGGACGGCGAACUGCGGCCAGUGGGAGCUGCGAUUGGCCGAACCUGUGGAUGCGGCAGGUAACCAAACCAGCCCACCAAGGGGUAGCCCUGGCAGGUCGCAUGCCAAAGGUUGCUGAUCCCUGCCACAUAAAAUAACAUGAGGCUGGGAGGCAUUCUAGUGCUGAAAGACUGGGUGGGAGUGUCUCAAAGGGGUACUGCCUUAAAUUCUUCAUGAGUGGAGGGAUGGAUUGAAUAGUUGAGUUGGAUUGAAUAGUUGAGUUGGGGAAGUAAAUAGACUAAAAUACUUGGUGGUAGAAAAUCUUCCUUUUGUCUUAUAGUUACUGUGAAAAUAUGGUAGGAGUCCUGUUCAUGGUCUGUUGGGCAUUGACAAUAUGCCAGGGCAACAGGGGUCUUGGCUUUUCUGUGUAGCUGUGCUGGCAAAUGCUGGUGUUACAAACUGUAUCAUCAGCUCCUCAAAUCUUGAGGUUCAUAACAAUGCAGUAUAACCUCUCUUUUCAAAGGAAUCCCAAACCCAUUAGUCUGUUGUACAUGUCUGCAGGCACAAUUUCAGACUCCUAGCAAGGCUGGAGUGACUGCCAACUAUUAAUAUUUUGGACUUCCUGUAAGAAUGAGAGUAAAUGUGGAAACUGGGAUGCUUUAUCACAUUUUGUUGGAGAAUUGGAUGCCAAACCUCUGGGGGGAAGGUGUCUUAGCAGUUUCCUGAAAAGUUGUCUGUCUUCUGUAAAUUAUUUUUUUUAAUCUUGCAUUUUGAGGCAGUUGCCUGUGGAAAUAAACAAGUUAUUUUUUUUUCUUUAA